GAUCAAAUCCUUUGUGGCUGUGUGUCAGAUUUAGAAUUUGAAUUUUUUUAUAACACAAAGACACCCAGCGCGUCUCCCAAACUUGGAAUAAUUAAAUUACUAUUUUGGACAAUUGUCAUCAAACUGAAGAGGUUGGAAAGCCAACCUUGGCAAAUUUCAACCCGAAAUCGUCGAUUUCUUCUAAAAUAUAUACAGGGCAUUGGUCUCCUUUUUGAAUUGUGGUUGAGGGAUUAAAGUACUGUUAUUGGUAGAGAUGGCAUGUAGGGGAUGCUGGGAAUGCCUUUUGAAGCUUUUUAACUUCAUAUUGACCCUCACUGGUCUUGCCAUUGUGGGCUAUGGAAUCUAUCUUUUUGUUGAAUUCUCUAAAGCUUCAGAUGAUGACAACAUGCCGGCAAUUUCUCCUGUAAGCGAUGAUUCUUCUCUGAUUCAACUUGGCCGGCCUGUGCUUAUGGCCGUGUCUCUAUCCAACGACUUUUUUGAUAACUUGCCCCGUGCUUGGUUUAUUUACUUAUUUAUUGGUAUUGGAGUGGUUCUCUUUCUUAUUUCUUGUUUUGGUUGUAUUGGAGCUGCAGCACGAAAUGGAUGCUGCCUGAGCUGUUAUUCAAUUUUGGUGGCAUUAUUGAUCUUGGUAGAGCUGGGAUGUGCAGCCUUUAUAUUCUUUGACAAAAACUGGAAAGAACAAAUACCAACUGACAAAACUGGAGAGUUUGAUGCGAUAUAUGGAUUUCUGAUUGAGAAUUGGAAUAUCAUGAAAUGGGUUGCUCUUGGAAUUGUUAUCUUUGAGGCCCUUCUUUUCCUGUUAGCCCUUAUUGUUAGGGCUGCAAAUAGGCCAGCAGAUUAUGAUAGUGAUGAGGAGUUCAUUAAUCCAAGGCAGCAAGUACAACAGCCAUUGCUCAACAGACUACCAGCAGGCCCAGCAACAGGGAUACCGGUUGCUGGAACAAUUGACCAGCGUCCAAGCAGAAAUGAUGCAUGGAGUACACGGAUGAGGGAGAAGUAUGGGCUUGAUACUUCAGAAUUUACAUACAACCCAUCUGAGUCUAACAGGUUCCAACAAGUAAACUCACAGCCAACUGAAGAAAAGAGCCGCUGCGCUAUAAUGUGAUCUCUUUCGCUGAGUUUGUGUACACAACUCGCACUGUACUGGUUCACUCUAUGACAUGGCCAACACCAUCUUCAUGUUAGUGUGCAGUAUUGUGCUGAGACGUCAAAAUUUACUGUGGUGUUGCUUAUGUUCAUAGUUAGGGGGAGUGAGUAGUGAAGUCGUUGAUGCCCCCAUAUUGUUGCUUCAAAGCCAAUGUCUUCUUUGGCCCAUGUUUUGCCCGUGGUCAUUACUCGCUUGUUGGGAAAACUAUGAUUUAGUCCUUAAAGGUUCUGAUUGAGAUUAACUUGAUUUACAUCAUUAUCACCAUCAAUUUAAUUUUCUAAAAACAUUGAUUA